AUGUUAAAUCCUUCUGUUAUCAUUGAAAUGAAAUUGGUUUUGUUAUUAUAAUUCUAAUUAUCUGUCAUAUGUUAUUUUUAAAAUACAUCUGUAGUUAUUGAGUGCAAAUUUGUUAAUUAUGCCCAACACUUAUCAUAAGAGAGCUUUAUCUACAAAUAUUUUAGACGAAAAUGGUAUUGUACCUCUCAAACUUUUAUAUGCUCAAAGAGAACAGAGGCUGAAUUUUGAUGUAUCUAAAUUUUUGAGAUGGUCCAAGAAAACAAGUAAAGUAGCGAAGCAGAUAGGAAGAAACCAGAGGCAUGAAUUAAAAUCAAAAUUGAGAUUUCGGACGUUUUACUGUGAAACUACUAAUGUGUCAAAUAGAACAAUUAAACUAGAAAAUAAGGAAAUUAAAAUAGGAGGACUCAAAAGAACUCAAUCAGAUACUGGACCUAUUGUGAAAAGGCUCAAAAAAGAUGGAUGUCUAAGUGCUUCUCAAACUCCUCUCGCCUUAUUGAAUGAGUUGAGAUCAGGGCUCAAUUAUAAAAUUGUUUUAUCAGAUGGGCCUCCCCAUUGCCCAAAUUUUCUCGCCACUGUAGAAGUGGAUGGUAUUUUAUUUAGUGGUAGCGGAAAUGCUAAGAAACAAGCCAAACAAAGGGCAGCUGAAGCAGCACUACUUACAUUAUGUCCCAAUCUUCUUACUCCCCAGUCUAAUAAUGAAAACAUUGACUUUGCUGAGGAUUCUCCUGUUGCACUUGAGUCCAAAGAUUCUAAUCUUUCACUGGGGCAGAAGAAAGCACGGAUAGAAAUGUAUGUUGCUAAAGCUAUGACCGGAGGUAUGAAUCCUGUAAUGGCAUUAAAUGAACUAAUGCCUGGAUUAAAGUACGAGUGCGUUCAGGAAUCCUCUCAAAAGUCACUUUGCCCAUUUAUAUAUGCCGUGCAUAUUAACAAUGAAGUGUACAAAGGCUCAGGAAGUAACAAGAAAUCAGCCAAAGCUGCAGCUGCCAGAGCUGUACUUCUUCAAAAAUAUGGCAACCUGCUGCACAGCUCAGUUUUGCUUGCACCGCCUUCCGGAGGUCCUCCUAGCAUUUUACCCCCUACAACUUCUCCUAUUCAGUUGAUAGCAGCUAAUAAUAUAGCAGAAUUGGUAGUUAAUGAGUACCAUAAAGUCAUGAAGGGAAUGGAGGAGUAUGCAAGAAGAAAGGUUUUAGCUGGUGUAGUUAUGACUACAUCACAGGAUUGUACCAAAGGCCAGUUGAUCUCAGUUGCAACCGGUACUAAAUGUAUUUCUGGAGAAUAUAUCUCUGUCAAGGGCGCAGUUUUAAAUGAUUCACACGCAGAAAUAAUAUCACGCCGGGGCCUGCUCAGAUACUUGUAUAACCAGUUGGCUCUCCAUGGAGAUUCCUCUACUGCCAGUGAUUCAAUAUUUGUUUAUGAUACAGAAUCAAAAACAUUCAAAUUGAAACCGGAUAUAAGAUUUCAUUUAUACAUAAGCACAUCACCGUGCGGCGAUGCAAGGAUAUUUUCACCUCAUGAUAUGGAAGGUUCUGGUGAUGAAACGGUUGAUCGUCAUCCAAAUAGACAAUCUAGAGGGCAGCUUAGAACGAAAAUUGAAUCAGGGGAGGGUACUAUUCCAGUCAAAUCUUUUGAACCAGUACAAACAUGGGAUGGUGUUAUACAGGGUGAACGUCUGCUUACUAUGUCCUGUUCCGAUAAGCUGGGUAAGUGGAAUGUAGUAGGAAUCCAGGGAUCACUUUUAUCCCAUUUUGUAGAGCCGAUUUAUCUUCAUAGCGUUGUUAUUGGGUCUCUCUUUCAUCCCACUCACCUACGCAGGGCAUUAUACUCACGAAUUGAAAAUACUCUCGAAGGUCUUCCUCCACCUUACAGACUGAACAAGGUUUUAAUGAACACCACCACUUCUCCAGAAUCUAGGCAUCCUGGAAAAGCACCUAACCAUGCUGUAAAUUGGAUAGCAGGAGAAGAAAAUGUUGAAAUCGUAAAUGCUAUAACAGGAAAAACUCUGAGUGGUAGUAUUUCAAGAUUAUGCAAGCAGCGCUUAUUCGGAAAAUUUUACGGACUAUUGAACUUGAAUUUACCUUCUCGAACAAAUGUCACUUUGCAAACUGUUCCAGAAGUUUAUAUUGAUGCGAAAAAUGCUGCGACUGAUUAUAAAGAUGCCAAAGAACAUAUGUCAGCUGCAUUUUUAAAAGCAGGUCUGGGCGUUUGGAUGAAGAAGCCAAUUGAACAAGAUCAAUUUGUUCUUGAUGUGAAUAUGUGAAUCAAUUUAAAGAUUGUAGAUAUUUUAUCCAGUAUAUAUCCUGUAUAACAAUAUAUACUAGGAAAACUUAAACAAAAGAAAAAACAAGAGAAAAGAGAAAACUAGUAGUUGCAUUCUUUUCCUUCAUCAUUAAAUCCUACUCAGUGAUUUCUAAUAUAGAUGUAAUUACUGCCUUGACCAAUUAUUAAUGUUGAUACCUGAAGAAAUAUACCUCCUCAUUCAGCAAUAAUCUUUCUGUAAUUUUAUAGUCGUUGUAGACAUUUAAUUUUAUGUAGUCGUUAUAAACGUAAUAUUUCUAAUGUUUUCUUCAGUGUCUAAUUAUUAUUUGUCAUACAAAUUUUAUAAUGUAUGUAUAUAAAAAUUAUAUAUAUAGACAUACAUACUUGUUUAUGUUAAGGUUUAUACUUAAUUCUGUAGUGUUAUGUGAAAUCUUGAUCUCAUUAUUUAAGGUCUGUCUGUGUGUUGUACAAAUCUUAUAUAGUAUUUGGAAACAAAAAGUUUGUGUAGUCAUAAUCUCAAUUUUUCCCUUCGUUUUUUUUUUUCUUUUCCCCUUUUUGUAACUGUAGUUAAAAUAGCGAACAUUAAUUUUAAUUAUGAAGACUUGUUUGUUUAUGAAUACUACGGAAAAACAUUCUAUUUAUAUUUUACUGUUUACUUACAAAAUUUAUCCCUGUUUAUACUACUUAUGUAACUUAAAAACUAAUAUACAUUUUUUCUCCUUUUAUUAUUUUUUUGAAAAGCAUAGUAACAGCUAAUGCCAAUUACUAUUAUUGAUUAAAAUAUUUGUUCUGUUUAAUAAAUAUUUGAUGAAAAUUAAUACUUCGAAUAAUUA